CAAAAAUGCCGAACGCGAAACAAAAAGUUGAUUCGCUGCUUUUCAACUAUGAAUCGACGUACAGAACAGAUUACCAACGGUAUAAAAUCAAGGAAUACCCCAAAACCGUGUAUAAGCCGCGAGUCAGUCACUAUGUGAGGGGACUACCCGUGUAUAAGAAUGUUCAUACUAUGAGGGAGUGGAGGGGAGACAGACCACCCUUCAACAUUCUACACAAACCAAAGGAUGUUGUUAGAACGAACCCUAGAAUUGUACAACAAGCAUUUGAAGAGCCCAUAGACAUAGACAGGGAAGAAGUCCAAAAGACCAGGCCUCGUUUGGUUAUGACUCCAGCAGUUAGUAUGGACGACAUAGAGGAUCCUCGGGCGCGGGAAAUCCUCUGCAAAGAUAUGUACACGAGUGACAUGGCGCGGCACACACGAGAGGCCGUCACUCCUAGCGUUAAUGUCGCCGCACCUCUGCCAGGACCGCCUGCGCAGACGAAUCCUAUAUUCCUGCCGAAACUACAACCACCGAUGGUGUCCCCUGAGUGGCGAAUGGAAAGCGUAACCUGGGACGGAAAGCAGCUGAGAAGCUAUUGCGACCCCACGAAAUCAUUUUGGCUUACACAAAAGCUACCCAGGCAUGUUUUAUGA